CUCUCUCUCUCUCUCUCUCUCUCUCUCUCUCUUAAAGCCUCUGUCUCUUUCUCUCUACAUUUCUUUCAUCCUUUCUUUUCUCUGCGACUUUUGAGCUUCUUCUUCUAGUCUGCGGGGAACUCAUAAUGCUGUUUUGAACUAUGCAUUCACUGCAAACCUGUUGGAGAGGACUUCAUUAAUAGGUUUGGAAUCAAUUGAUCACAGUUGAUGUCAAGGCAGAUUCUACUCUUAGAAAUCAUUGUAAACGUUGAUGCAUGAAGCUUAAAGUUGUUAUGCUAGCUGUAAAUGGUCUCUGAUUAGAGCUGCUAACUCUGCCUGCUAGAAGUCUCAAGGAUUUAAAUAUGGUCAGCAACAUAGGUUCAUUACUAAUCCUGUCGAGAUAGUUCUAUACUCAAGUUAAAAUCCCCAAAUAUAGUCAUGAGCACUCAUUUGAGCUUUUUUUUUUUAUGGGGAUUUCACAGACAAAGCUAUCAUAGCUAAUUUGAGUUGCAUAUAGAGUACAACUGAGAGCAUCUUUAUAAAUAGGGGAGUGCAUUUUAAGUUAGAAUUUGUGGUUAUUAUUUUGUCACAUAAAUAUGCGCUCGUGGUGGGGAAAGACUUCAUCUAAAGAAGACAAGAAGAAACCAAAGAAAAGUAUCAUUGAUGCAAUACAUAGAAAAUUGAAGAUUUCUUCAGAGGAGAGAAGCAACGGUGGAUCAAGAGGAUCUUGGGGACAUUGUGGUGAUUCUGUUUCAGAAAGAGGAUCUAGAUCGCAAGUGCCAUCAAGAUCACCAUCACCUUCCACACAAGUAGCACGCUGCCAAAGUUUUGCAGAAAGGCCUCAUGCUCAACCACUUCCACUUCCUGGAGUGCGCCAUGCUGGUAUUGGGCGUAGUAAUUCUGGAAUUAGUGCGUUAAUAAGACCAGGAUUGGACAGAGGCUCCAAGCCUUUGGAUUUGCCCCUUCCAAGACCUGGAUGUGUCUCUGAUAGAUUAGAACAUGCUUACACCGAAGGGGAUAUUGCUACUGCUUCUGUUUCUAGUGUUAGCUCCACUGAUAGUGACUGCCCAUUUGAUUCACGUGUCCUAAGCCCCCUCACAUCUGACUAUGAAUAUGGAAACAGAACUGCUACAAACAGCCCAUCAAGCUUGAAGCAGAAAGAUCAAUCCCCUAUUGUCUGUAAAAAAAGCUCCAAAGAGGUGUUGAAGCCUGUUGAUUUUUCACUCAGUAAUCAUAUUCCUUCUACAUCUCCAAGACGGGCUCCUUUAAGCACUCAUGUACAGAAUUUACAGAUUCCUAAUCGAGGUGCAUUCUGCAGUGCUCCAGACAGCUCAAUGUCAAGUCCUUCUAGAAGCCCGAUCAGAGCAUUUGGUCCUGAGCAAGUUAUUAAUUGUGGUUUCUGGGCAGGACAAGGCUCUGGGCAUUGCUCAAGUCCAGGUUCUGGUCAUAAUUCUGGGCAUAACUCAAUAGGUGGUGAUAUGUCAGGACAGUUAUUUUGGCAAAACAGUAGAUGUAGCCCUGAGUGUUCUCCUAUACCUAGCCCCAGAAUGACAAGUCCUGGUCCCAGCUCCAGAAUACACAGUGGUGCUGUUACCCCUCUGCAUCCAAGAGCUGGAGGCACUAACAUAGAGUCACCUACAGGCCGGUCUGAUGACGGAAAGCAAAAAAGUCACCGGUUGCCCCUGCCGCCAAUAACAAUAUCUAAUACCUGUCCCUUUUCUCCUGCAUACUCAACUGCAACAUCUCCUUCAGUGCCCCGAAGUCCUAAUAGGGCAGAAAAUCCAUUAAGCCCUGGUUCACGUUGGAAGAAGGGUCGCCUGUUAGGGAGAGGCACAUUUGGACAUGUGUAUCUAGGGUUUAACAGUGAAAGUGGUGAGAUGUGUGCAAUGAAGGAGGUAACCUUGUUCGCUGAUGAUCCAAGAUCAAAGGAAAGCGCACAACAGCUGGGACAAGAAAUUGCACUGCUAAGUCGCUUACGACAUCCUAAUAUAGUACAAUAUUAUGGAUCUGAAACGGUGGAUGAUAAAUUGUAUAUAUACUUGGAGUAUGUUUCGGGUGGUUCCAUCUAUAAACUUCUUCAGGAGUACGGACAGUUUGGUGAAAUAGCCAUUCGUAAUUUUACUCAACAAAUCUUGUCUGGCCUCAAUUAUUUGCAUGCUAAAAACACUGUCCACAGAGACAUAAAAGGAGCUAAUAUACUUCUAGACCCCAGUGGCCGUGUCAAACUGGCUGAUUUUGGGAUGGCAAAGCAUAUUACUGGGCAGUCUUGUCCACUGUCAUUAAAGGGAAGCCCUUACUGGAUGGCACCUGAGGUGAUAAGGAAUUCAAAUGGUUGUAAUCUUGCUGUUGAUAUAUGGAGCCUUGGGUGUACAGUGUUGGAGAUGGCAACAGCAAAACCACCAUGGAGCCAAUAUGAGGGGGUCGCUGCCAUGUUUAAGAUUGGAAACAGCAAGGAGCUUCCUGCAUUUCCUGAUAAUUUGUCAGAUGAUGGAAAGGACUUCGUUAGGCAAUGCUUGCAACGGAACCCAUCACAUCGCCCUACAGCUGCUGAACUUUUGGAGCACCCUUUUGUGAAAAAUGCUGCUGCACUGGAGAAACCAAUUUUAACUGCUGAGCCCACAGAAGCAACAUCUGCAGUUAUGAAUGUAGGAAGAUCAAUGGGCAUUGGGCAUGCAAGAAACAUCGCAGGCUUUGAAUCAGAAGGGGUUGCUAUCCAUCAAUCUAGAGGCUCAAAAACUGGUGCAGGAUUGAGUGAUGUCCAUGCACCGAAGAAUGCGUCAUGUCCGGUUUCACCUAUUGAGAGCCCUCUUCUGAAUUCAAGGUCCCCACAACAUGUGAGCGGAAGGCUAUCUCCAUCUCCUAUAUCUAGCCCUCAUACUGCAUCUGGUUCAUCCACACCUCUUACUGGUGGUAGUGGUGCAAUCCCAUUUCAUCACCUAAUGCAGUCAGCAACUUACUUGCAAGAAAGCAUGGGAAUGAUCUCAAGGUCCCAAAACAUUUUGUAUACCAAUGGCAAUGAUCCAUAUCAUGAGCCCAAGCCUGAUUUAUUUCGAGGGAUGUCACAAGCCUCUCAUGUUUUUCGAGAGAGGAUUUCAUCAGAUAAUGGUGCCUCUGAAAACCAGUUUGGACGACCUGGCCAUGGGGACCCCAGGGAACUUUAUAAUGGGCAGCCUGUACUAGUUGAUCGUGUGUCUCAACAGCUCUUAAGGGAUCAUGUGAAGUUGAAGCCAUCCUUGGACCUGAAUCCAAGCUCGCCAAUGCUUGGUCGCACCAAUGGAAUCUAGCAUGCACUGGAAGCCUUGGUCUAAGAACAGUUUCCAGGCAUUGUAUAUGCCAUUGAGUGCUUCAUUCAUAUUUUUAUUAUAAUCAUGAGCCAAAAUAUUUCCAAUAUGUGCCUUAAAAGUAAAGGUAGACCUAGUGAAUAAGUUGGAUCCUAUGGAAGCUUGAAUGGCGGAAGAUAUUUUUGGAAGCAGAAUCUGAAUGCUUGGUUGCAGAGUUCAUACUGUAAAUAGCUUAUUGGACAUGUAAGGAGAGGAUAUGAAUAUUUGGCACUCGGCAGCACUCAAAUUAUUCCCUUGUAGUAACAGCUUUUUACCUGACAACUGUACGAUUUUACCUCAAGUCAUUAAUUCAGCAUCUUUUCCUGUCAGCUGUAAUGAUUCUGGUCGACGCACAAGUUCAUUUGGGAAUGAAGACUGCUUAAAUAGGAGAUGGCCAAUUCAUCAGCUCCUUGCAAUUGAGAACACAGCAUGCUGGUGUAAAGAACUGUAUAUCUUAUUCCACUUGAGACAGAGAGUUUCAAGAGCUAUUAUCAUUUCUGGACUCUGUUGCCUUUUCAUUUCUUUUCACUAUUUUUUGGGUGGAAGGAUGUUGGUGGGAGUUAAAAAACCUUGUACAGGAAGUUGGGAAUUAAGAAGUCCAGAUUAACGGUUCGAAUCUGCCAGGCUUGAUCUUUUUUUAUUAUUUUUCCCCCUUCUGUAUCAGUUUAUAGCAGGUCAAAAACAGAACUGUUGGCUGCACUGCUGAUAUUGUUGUAUCUACUUCAUACCUGCAACAAAUUGAAGAAAUCAAAUUUAACCUUUGUAUUUA